GCCACGUGAUAUGACGUCGUGUUGAUUUUGCACAGAAUGACGGCAGCACAAAUUUCUGUCUCAGAUGAUAGACAGGCUGGUUGGAUGUCUAAUUUCGAAUUGUCAAGCCUGCUUAUUUACUAUUUGCGGGUUUGGCUUCACGAAACCGCGACUUUGAUUCGUUUGACCUCGCUAGGUCUUCCAGCCGUUUCGUUAUGUAUAGACGGCGAUGGGUGAUAGAUAUUCGCCUUCUCAUAAUACUUGGGCGUUCAACAAAUCUUAUUGUCACUGUUGACUGAGACCUCAGAAUCCUCGACAUGAACCAGUUAUCUCGGCCUUCUAAUGAAGAUUCUCUGGGCCCUAAUCGAUAUACCGGGGCUCAACGACACCAUAAAAGUACGUUAGCAUCAAGUGAAAAACGACCGGCCCAGGAAACAGGAAAAUAUCCUCUUUCCGCUUGGUGGUGGCUUGCAAGUACCGCGUACCCCUUGUUAGCUGGUACCUUGGGGCCAAUGGCCAGCGCGUUCAGUAUAUGCUCGUUGGCUCAGAACUGGAGUAGAGUUCCGCUUAGGCACGAGAAAAAUUCUUCGGACCCUGCAUGGGUUGUCGGAGUCAAUGCGAUUUCGCUGGGCGUUGCUAUUGUGGCGAAUCUCGUGCUUCUUUUCAGCAUGGCGCGACGGAUUUCAUUCAUUGUUGCGCAACCUAUAAUCAUCAUCGGAUGGUACAUCUCCUCGCUCUUACUGGUAGCUAUCCUGGCGGUCUUCCCAGCUAGUCGAGACAAGGAAGUACGGCAUGAUCUCAGUCAAGCAUAUUUCUACGGUGUUUUUGCGGCGAUUCUCUACUUUAUUGUCUCGUCUCUUCUUCUGAUUACGACAUACGGCGCCCACAGGGGUCAUUAUAGUCGUGAAUACAAGCUCACAACCAACCAACGGACACUUAUGCUGCAGACUAUUUCAUUCCUGGUAUACCUUCUUGGCGGGGCCGGAGUGUACGCAGCCAUCGAGGACUGGGACUAUUUAGACGCAGUAUAUUUCGCCGAUAGCACAUUACUCACAAUUGGUUUUGGCAACGUUGUCCCAAAAACUCACACAGGACGAGGUUUUCUUUUCCCCUAUGCUGUCGGCGGCAUUCUCAUUCUUGGUUUGAUCAUCAGCUCUAUCAGAGCGCAGAUGUUAGAGAAAGGCCGACAGAAGAUGGCUGAGCUGAUCACGGAGAGAACAUGUCGUUUCUUGAUCAAAGAAGCCUCCGCUAAACAUAGUUUUGUCCACCAUAUUAUUCCUCCAUUAGACAAGGACAGACCGGACGAAAGCGAGCGCGAAAAACGCAUCCGCGAGUUCAAAGUGAUGCGACAGAUCCGCCAGAUAGCCACGUUACAACGCAAAUGGAUUUCCCUGACCAUAUCCCUUUCCCUAUGGACGAUAAUGUGGCUGUUCGGCGCUCUGGCCUUUUGGGCUUCAAAAAAGGAAACGAAAUGGACAUAUUUCGAGUCAUUGUAUUUCGCCUACGGAGCCCUUUUGACCAUUGGAUACGGCGACUUUCAUCCAUCCACUGAAUGGGAGACGUCAUUCUUUGUCUUUUGGACGCUCCUUGCCGUUCCCACCGUGACGAUUCUCAUCGCCAAUGUCGGCGACACUGUCGUCCGCUCAAUCCGUGAUAUCACCAUUUACAUCGGCGCGUUGACUAUUCUCCCAGGCGAAAAGCCAGUACGCGAAUUAAUCCGCGACAUCUUCCAAGUCUCAUGGAAAGAAAAAUUUCUCAAAGAGACCGCCGACGAAGACAGCACGCAGGAACCAACAGAACCAGAAAGAGACCAAGACCAAGACAGACAAAGAGACAGAUACAGAGACGCAGAAGUCAACCUGCCCUACGAAGAAGAAGUCCGUAACGCAAUCGAAGCAGACGAACACAAAAAGGAAGAAUCGGCACGAGCCCGCGGCGACAUCGCCGCCGAACAAAUCCACCACUACCAUUACCUUCUCUUCCGGGAAGUCCGUCGAAUGAUCGACUACGCUACCCGUAAUCUGCCCAAGGAAUUCGACUUUCAAGAAUGGGAAUACUUUUUGAAUCUCAUUGCGGGGGAAGGACAUCCGGUUGCGGAGGCAGAGGAGCAGAAUGGGUGUCGAAGUUGGAGUUGGGCUGAUUAUAAGAAUCCGUUAUUGGGGGAGAAGACGGAGGUGCAGUGGCUUUUGGAGGCACUGACGGAGGCGUUGGAAAGGGAGUUGAGGAAGGCUAGUAGGGGGGUUCAUUCGCCUGAGCAGUCUGGGCAGUCUGAUGGUGGUUAAUGCCAGACAUGUUGUAUUCGCUUUUAUAUAGUAUAAAUGUGUAAUGUCAAGCAUCUGCCACUGACACGG